AUGAAUCUAACACUAGAGGAGCUGCAAUUCCUAAACAUCCCAGAAAUCUUGAGAAAAUCAAUCUCAAUUCCAAAAAAAUCAUCGAAAACGUUCUACCUCACAACCCUAACCCUAAUUUUUCCUCUCUCAUUCGCAAUCCUUGCACACUCACUCUUCACACACCCACUCAUCGCUCAGUUUUAGAACCCUUAUUAAGACUCUUCUCAAGCUAACCAUGAAUGGACUCUUCUCCUCACAAUCCAAUUCUGCUACUUUCUCUUCCUCUUCGCCUUCUCUCUUCUCUCCACCAACGCCGUCGUUUUCAUCGUCACUUUCCUCUACCCCAACAAAGAUGUUUUCUUUUUCUCCAUUGUCUUUGCAAUUUCCAAAGUCUUCAAACAUUUGUUUAUCACUUAUUUCUGGGUCACACUUUUGAUAUUCAUCUAUAAAUUUGUCUUCGUGAUUUUCUUGGUUUUGCUUAUUAUAACAAUUGAUAUCCUUCCCUUCCUCUACUAUUUUUUUGCUAUUAUUGUGGGUGUGUUGAUCGUUAUGAAUUUGGUGGGAUUGUGA